UAUAACGAUGCCUGCACAACGGUUGAACCAUGUAACUGUUGUCUGGCURUUUGUGAUAAUUUUACAAGUUAAAGGUUUUGAKUGGCCAAGUUGGUGGUCUCCUGAUCAUAGUCAAGAACAAUGUGGAGCUAAAACAAUCAAUAAAAGGAUCGUAGGAGGAAAGGAAGCAUCAGCCAAUGAAUGGCCGUGGCAAAUACAAAUUAUGCACCCUCCUUUCUAUUAUAAGGGASGUUUGGUACCAGGACGCACGCACAUUUGUGGUGGAGCACUUAUCAAGAAAGACUGGGUUAUAACUGCUGCACAUUGYGUCAARCCAAAAGGACAAUGGGCGUGGUGGAGUAAAUCAAAGAAGCUGACRGUCGUCCUAGGAGAGCACAAACGUACCGUAGAGCAUGGCAAAGARCAGAAGAUCCUUGUCAAACGUAUCCUCACUCAYUCACAGUGGGACCACACGAACAACCACAACGACAUUGCACUCCUACAACUACAACAACCCGCACGACUUAACAGKGAAGUCGGUACUGUUUGCAUUCCAGGCYCCUCGGUACCCAUCUAUGAUGGCAAGGAAUGCUGGGUAGCCGGAUGGGGUCUCAAGAAGACCGGAAGUACCCCYGUUGAUGUUUUGCACGARUUGCGCGUAUCCCUGGCAACUCAGCAUAAAUGCAAGGCCUCUUUUGCAAAAUAUGGUAUUUACAACCUUGAUAAUGUUAUAUACCACCCCUCUGUAUUAUGCGCCGGAAGGCUGGAAAUUGGUAGGGGAACAUGCCAUGGUGACUCAGGAGGGCCCAUGGUGUGCAAGACCAAAGGCAUAUGGUACAUUGAAGGGGUGGUUAGCUGGGGUUUAAAGGGUUGCUCAGAAAARAAGGUUUUUGAUGGAUAUGCUAGUGUGAGGUACUUCCGUCACUGGAUCAACAGUGUUAUUAAUUAUUUCCACACCAGGGACCAAUUUGGAUACUUCAAAUGAGGCCCAUCCAAAUGAAGCCAAUAAUUAUAUAAAUCGUAAUAAUAAAUAAAUUAAUUAAUUAAUAAGAGAAUUAUAAGUAUAAUUGUCUUUGAAUUUGUAACAUUUAACUGUAGAAUAUGUAUAAUUUAGAGACAUUUUAGAUUCGUACAASGGUCGAAUAGCCAAUAAAGAUGAUGUACAAAUG